AUGCUCGCCAAAUUGGGAUUAGGCUCGCGCGCCGAUGUCGAAAAGGGCCCCGAGGUUGACAACAACCUGGCCUACGAUAGUAACAGCAACGCCACGCGCGACAAUGUCAGCGAUGGCGCCGUGCCCGGCGAAAGCUUCGAGUACGGCAACUCGCUGUAUGCGCGCCUGCAGCGCAUCGCCGGCAAGUUCAAUGUCGAACAGCGCGGUAUCGAACGCGUCCCGGAGGCUGAGCGGACCGAUACCUCUUACGUCAAUAUUGGCAGCAUGUGGCUGGCAGCCAACAUGGUCGUCAGCUCGUUCGCGAUUGGUGUCCUCGGCAAGUCGCUCUUUUACCUGGGCUUCGUGGAUGCCAUCCUCGUCUGCCUGUUCUUCAACCUCCUCGGUGUCAUGACCGUGUGCUUCUUUUCCUGCUUUGGUCCCGCCUUCGGCUUGCGCCAGAUGGUGCUGUCCCGCUUCUGGUUUGGCUGGGUCCCUGUGAAGAUCAUCGCCGUCCUGAACGUGCUCGCUUGCAUCGGCUGGUCCGCCGCAAAUGCGAUCGUGGGCGCGCAGCUGCUGAAUGCCGUCAACGGCACAGUCCCCGGCUUCGCGGGUAUUCUCAUCAUCACCUUCUGCACCCUCAUCAUCACCUUUGCUGGGUACAAGGUCGUCCACAAGUAUGAAAAGUACAGUUGGAUCCCCACCUUCAUCGUCUUCUUGAUCGUUCUGGGCACCUUUGCCCAUUCGGGGGACUUUGUCAACAUCCCCAUGGAAGUGGGCACCUCCGAGCUGGGAGGCUGCCUUUCUUUUGGAUCGACUGUGUAUGGCUUUGCCACCGGCUGGACCAGCUAUGCUGCCGACUAUACCGUCUACCAACCGUCUGACCGCAGCCGCCGCAAGGUGUUUGUCUCUACGUGGUUGGGUCUUAUCCCACCCCUCCUCUUCACUGAGUUUUUGGGUAUUGCCGUGAUGACCGCCACCAGCCUCAAUGAUGGAAACAACAAGUAUGCCGAUGGCUAUGCUGCCGCCGGAAACGGUGGUCUUAUCGGGGCCGUCCUCGAGCCUCUGGGUGGAUUUGGCAAGUUCUGCCUGGUCAUUCUGGCCCUGUCCAUCAUCGCCAACAACUGCCCCAACAUCUACUCCGUCUCUCUGACCCUGCAAGUCCUGAGCCGAUUCACCCAGCGCGUCCCCCGCUUCAUUUGGACCUUCCUCGCGUCGUGCGUCUCCCUCGCCAUCGCCAUCCCCGGCUACUCCUCCUUCGAGAGCGUCCUCGACAACUUCAUGAACUUCAUCGCCUACUGGCUGGCCAUCUACUCGGGCAUUGCCAUUGCCGACCACUUUUUCUUCAAGCGCGGCUUCGGCGGCUAUCGUCCUGAAAUUUACGAUCAGCCGGACAAGCUGCCUUUGGGUAUUGCCGCCUCGAUUGCGUUCUGCUUUGGCGUGGCCGGUAUGGUCACAGGGAUGAGCCAGACCUGGUUCGUUGGACCGAUUGCCAAGCACGCGGGCGAAUUGCCAUACGGUGGUGAUGUCGGCUUUGAAUGUGGCUUCGCCUUUUCAUUUGUUUCGUACUGUGCUCUGCGUCCGUUGGAACUUCACUACUUCCGGAGGUAG